GCUGAACUACUAAAUCCAAACCAGUUAUUUCCUCUAGACUCUGGUUCCAUUUAGAAAUUCAACUGAAGAUGUCUAGCAAAACGACAAACACCAACAAUAUAGCUCAGGCAAGAAGAACUGUGCAACAGCUGCGAUUAGAAGCCUCCAUAGAGAGAAUAAAGGUUUCCAAAGCAUCCGCCGAUCUCAUGUCCUACUGUGAGGAGCACGCCAGGAGCGAUCCUUUGCUAAUGGGGAUCCCGACGUCAGAAAACCCUUUCAAGGAUAAAAAAACGUGCAUCAUAUUAUAACGGAGCGGAGAAUUCCUCCAUAGCAUCCUCUGCCAAGCAAAUCGCAAGCCUUUCUUUGGAGAAAUUCCCUUGGGUUGUCCUUCAGUACCCAUGGCUAAAAAUGAAAAUGCUUUUAAAUCGUUUAAGUGGUUUUUCAAGCCUUUCUCUUUCGGUUUCCCUUUCUUAAGAACAUCCGUAUCAGAUUAUUAGACAGCCAAUUGCAUUCAUUUCUUGACGGUUGGAACGAUGUUGGAAUAUAGAGGAAUAGAGGAAGGCCAUUGAUGGGUGUGUGUGAGAGAGAGAGUGUGUGUGAGCGUCUGUGUGUGCGUGUUCGGUUUGGCUUUAUUUAACUAUGCAUAGUGUCUAUUUGUAUUUUAUUUUUAAGGAGGUUUAGAAACCACAGUCAAGACCAAAGUUGCCUCAGCUUCUCUCCAGAUUAGCAAGGCCAAUGAGAAUUUAAAUCAUCGCCAUCCGUAAUUUACUUUAUAUUUUAAUAGGAUUUGUGCCUAUAUGUACAGUAUACAGUUGAUAUAUGUGUUUGCAUAUAUGUUUUUGUAUAUACACAUUUCAAAGUGCAUAUUUUGUAGUAGAAAACUUUCAUAAUCAAUUGCAGCAUCCCUUCAUCGAAUUCCCAGAGUUCAUACCUUUGUCUGGAAGCAUCUUAGGCUUUCAAAGUGGUGGGGGCGAAACUUUUUGAUCCUACUUCCGGGGUUUCUGGCAGAGUUCGAAGCGGAAUCCUAGACAUUUAUCCUGACCGUCUCUCUCUUUAUGGGGAGCUAGGCUUCUCAGCCCUGAGUAUAAACUGUGCCAAAUAAAAAAAUUGAAGUGAGGUGCUGUGCCUUUGGUGAAAACCUUUGGAUCCCCCUGGUUUUGUGCUCGAUUUUUUAGAGGGUGGGAUGGGGCGGAGACUUGUGGAAGGCCUGCUGUAUGUAUGUAUGAAAGGGGGUUUCAGAGUCGGUGAGUCCUUAGAAGAGGUGCUACACCCCCACUGCCUUCACCCCAGGGCCUGAGCAUCAGAAUCCCUCUCAGACUCCAAAUGGAACAGGGACUGUGUCCGAUCUGACUGUAUUGCCUCUGCCCUAGCACUUGCUCCGCAUAUAGUUUAGCGCUUAAUCCCGUAACCAACCAGAGCACCAUCGAGCCCCCGAGGAAGGUGCUACAUCUGAUUGGACUAGGGCGACUUUCCUCCUAGCCCCCUAAUAAUGCUAAUAAUUGUGGUAUUCGUUAGGUGCUUAAUCUGUACUAAGCGCUGGGGUAGAUACAAGUUCAUCA